CUGUUUAAGGCUCGAGACGAAAAGUUCAACGAAAGCUGUCGGCAGUUCCAUGCCAAUGAAAAGGUCUGCCGUUCAUUGCUGCGGGACUCUCAGACGUUCAGCGAUCAGAUCGCUAAAGAACUUUCGCAGCUCAGUUCGCUGGCAUCUUCUUUGGAGGCGAUCGCUCCAAUGAGUCAUAAGACUCCCGGUGCAAGAAAAAUCGGCCCACGUGUGUGGGACCAAAUUUUAGACGGUGCCGUGCUAAAGAACUUUGUAUGCUUCGUACUUGAUUCCGACCCUCAGACGGCUGAGGAGGAAAUGAAGCGAGCCCAAGCGGAAUACGAGGCUCUUAAUUCCCAGUUGCUCAAUGACCUCCCGCUGUUCAACGAAAGUUCGUCUAGGAUAUUAAACAUGUCCUUUGGCGCUCUCGCGUUUGCCCAACAGCGUUUUCUAAAAGCGACAAAGGCUGAACUCAGGUCUGCGUUCGACCGCAGUUCUGUUCAUUGUGCAGCCAAGGAUGAGGUGGUACCACAGAACCUCGAUUGCUCCCUACGUCUGUGCAGAAGCAAACUUGAAAAGCUCUUCGCCAAUAGUAAUUCGAGGGUUACGGCGCGUUGUUUGUCCGUCAUCCGUGACGCCGCUGAACACCGACCGUUGAUGAACCGUACUCGCAGUGUCGCAGUCGAAAACUUGUCGAAGGGAAUUACUUCGUCAGUGCAGUGUGAUCCACUGCUACUGACGCAUAAAUAUCAGUCCGAUAAGUUGUUCGAAGUAACGUCAUCGUACAUCGCGAGGUCCAACGCUGAACUCAGUUUAACAGCCGGCAAUGUCGUAGCUGUUCUCGUUGAGAAGGAUCCAAUGGGACAGACGAAUCGGUGGUGUGUAGACACUGGAAGUAAUUUUCCUCUUUUAACCUUAUUCUAA